AAAAAAAAAAAGCUGAUGCUGGUGGUGCAGCUUUUGAAUUUGGGGUCUGGCAAGGAUUUGGGGAGCAGGAGAUGGUUUUAGACUAGAACUUUGGGGGCUGCUUGGCCCAAUGUAGUAUAUAUACACUACGUGUAUAAAUGUAUAUAUAAAAAUAAAUUAAUCAAUUAAUAAAUAAAUACAGAGAGAGAAAGAAAAUACAUGUAUGGCCCAAUGUAGUAUAUAUAGUACAUGUAUAUUUUUAUAUAUUUAUGUGUAUAUAUGAAUAUAGUAGCCUGCAGCCCAGCAAUUCCCCCAGAGCACAGGGAAUGACAUCCCAAGUGCCAGAGCUGGGCAGGGGUCACUCUUACAGGAAAAGACAGCUGGAAAGCACAAGGAAAAAAAUAUUUACUCAAUUAAAUGAUGCUCUGUUCAGUCAUCAGAUUUUUGUUUAAGUCAGUCUUCAUCCCCUCGGGAAUAAAGAGCUGAUUAUAAACGGGGGGGGCAGGGGCACAGACCCUGCAGAUUAAAAUAAAGCUUAAGGCAUUUGAAUGCAAAGCUGCUCUGGGACACGUCAGACCCUCCUGCUCUAUAAAGAGGCUUUGCUUUUUGGGGAGGAUCACCUGCACCAGGUGGAGCCCCAGAAGACCCAUGUACUCCCCCGACAGCUCGCAGGAGCCCCCAAAUAACGGGACCCCGGGGCCCUUUGAUGGCCCCCAGUGGCCCCACCAGGCCCCACGGGCCGUGUACCUGUCGGUGGCCGUGCUGAUGGGCCUCGUCGUGGUCUCUGCCUCGGUGGUGAACGGCUUGGUCAUCAUGGUUUCCAUCAGGUACAAGAAGCUCCGGUCCCCCCUGAACUACAUCCUGGUGAACUUGGCCGUGGCCGACCUGCUGGUGACGCUCUGCGGCAGCUCCGUCAGCCUCUCCAACAACAUCAGCGGCUUCUUUGUGUUUGGCAAGCGCCUGUGCGAGCUGGAGGGCUUCAUGGUCUCCCUCACAGGCAUCGUGGGGCUGUGGUCCCUGGCCAUCCUGGCCCUCGAGAGGUACGUUGUGGUCUGCAGACCCCUGGGAGACUUUCGGUUCAAGCACCGACACGCCGUGAGUGGCUGUGCCUUCACCUGGAGCUGGUCACUGCUCUGGACAACCCCACCACUCAUGGGCUGGAGCAGCUACGUGCCUGAAGGUCUGAGAACCUCCUGUGGGCCCAACUGGUACACGGGCGGCAGCAACAACAACAGCUAUAUCCUGGCCUUGUUUGUCACCUGCUUUGUGAUGCCCCUCAGCCUGAUCCUCUUCUCCUACGCCAACCUGCUGAUGACCCUGCGAGCGGUAAGCACGGUGGGCACAGGCUGCGGCGCAGCAGCAGGAGUCGGACACGACGCAGCAGGCGGAGCGGGAGGUGACCCGGAUGGUGGUGGCGAUGGUGAUGGCCUUUCUCAUCUGCUGGCUGCCCUACAGCACCUUUGCACUGGUGGUGGCCACCCACAAAGACAUCACCAUCCAGCCAGCUCUGGCAUCUCUGCCCUCCUACUUCUCCAAGACCGCCACAGUUUACAAUCCAAUCAUUUACGUCUUCAUGAACAAACAGUUUCAGAGCUGCCUGCUGCAAAUGGUGUGCUGUGGUUACCACCCCCGGGGGACUGGGAAAACCUCUCCGGCUGCCCCCCGUCCCCGCCCAGGCGUCGCUGCAGAGGGGCUGCAGAAUAAGGUGAUGCCGUCUCACCCCGUCUGAGCGCUGCCAGAUCCUGCCUGCACCAGCACCAGUGCCAGCUCCAGGCUCUGCCUGUCCCACCCAGCCUGGUACAGCAUGGGCACAGAGCAGGCUCAGUGCUGGACGUGAGGGGGGGCUCUCAGAGAUUGAAGUCCCCAGCAGUCCACAGGGUUCUCCAAAGAAAGCCAUGAGUGUCUUCCCGUGGGAGAGGAGCCACCAAUCAUGGGAUAAACCGCAGACUUUUAUUUCACUCUCCUAAGGACACCCCCUCCCUUCCAGCCCCUCAUCUUGGGCAAUUGUGAGCCUUUCAAGAAGAAGAAGAA